UAAAGCAUGUCUAUCCUAUUAUCAGCCACCAGAAUCUUUUUCCGACCACCUGACUUACGACCUGCACAGGAUGGGGAAGAGGGGGUCUGUGAUCCAGCCCAACAAUUGUCAUAGUUGUUGGCAGGAUUCUGAGUAGGUAAGGGGGCCACUAGCCCCUCGGGAGGGGGAGGAAAUUUGGCCACCCUCGAGUAUGUGGUACCCAGUGGCCACUUUCCUGCUGACUGGGGUCUGGCUGUUGCUCACUGUUCUAUGAGUCAGUAUGGACCAGGCACUCCAUGAAUCCAUGAAGCAGUGCGGCUUUGAGAUUUGCAGCAGAAAGCAGACUUGCUGGAAGCACAGGUACUUGUUUUGGAGGCUGACGUACAGCAACAGGUCACUCCUGCUUUCGACACCAGGGACGAUGAAAAACCCAGUGGUGAGGUUGGGGAGACUGUGAGUCCUCUGGCACGACCUGUUGUACGUCACAAACUGAAGCGUGAACAGCCCAUGGGACUGGGCGGACAAUCGAUUUAACCAAGUCAGCUCCAACACUGCUAGGUCACUUGGAAGAAUUCUUAUGGCUGCCAACACCAUAGUUGACUGGGCACAAACAGAUGCACCGAGUUUCCUACCUGCGUGGCUGCAGAAUUCCUGUGGGAGAUCAUCCCAAUGAUGACUGCUAACUGGACCUGGCCUGAACGGAAUGUUUGGGUAAUUCCAGAAUUGAUUGGCCAUACCAUCGUUACUAUGUUAAUGCUUGUUUCAUUGCACUGGUUCAUCUUCCUUCUCAACUUACCGGUUGCCACUUGGAAUAUAUAUCGGUUCAUUAUGGUGCCAAGUGGUAACAUGGGAGUGUUUGAUCCAACAGAAAUACACAAUCGAGGGCAGCUGAAGUCACACAUGAAAGAAGCCAUGAUCAAGCUUGGUUUCCACUUGCUCUGUUUCUUCAUGUAUCUUUAUAGUAUGAUUUUAGCUUUGAUAAAUGACUGAAGCUGGAGAAGCCAUGGUUGAAGUCAGCCUACACUACAGUACACAGUUGAGGAGCCAGAGACUACUUAAAUCAUCCUUAGAACUGUGACCAUAGCAGUAUAUAUUUUCCUCUUUGAAUAAAAAACUAUUUUUGCUGUAUUUUUACCAUAUAAAGUAUUUAAAAAACAUGAA